AUGGCUUCAUCAACAACAAUUUUGUUCAUCCCCGGUGCCUGGCACAGUCCCCACUGCUUUGAUAAAGUAGCUAGUCGACUGGAAGACGAGGGCUAUAAAACAGACCUCGUUCACUUGCCGUCUGUGAACCCCAUUGUGCCUGAUUCCGAUUUCGCGGAUGAUGUUGCCCAGAUCAGGAGCCAAAUAGAGGCUGCUGUAAACUCUGGACAAAGAGUGAUUAUCACUGUGCAUUCAUACGGUGGCCUACCAGGAUGCGAGGCCAUUCGCGGCCUGGACUGGGAAACCCGCAAAAUGCAGGGCCGACCAGGCGGCGUGGUUCAUCUAUUCUUCUGUUGCUCGUUCAUUGUUCCACAGGGAAAGUCUUUGAUUAGUUCUUUCGGGGGGAAUGAUCUUCCUUGGUUCCAAAUCUCAGAGGAUCGUCGUCUUGUUACUCCAGCUACACCAAUUGAAACAUUUUACAACGACAUGACUGAAGCAGACGCACAACUUGCUGCCAACACAUUGAAACCCCAUAGUUAUCAAACAUUCCACAGCAAGUUGAACUUCGCCGCGUGGAGGCAUUUGCCGUCCACCUAUCUCUAUUGUCUUAAGGACGCGGCCAUCCCUAUUCAAAUACAGAAGAUGAUGGUCGAAGAGGUUGCCAAGGGGGUCAAUAUCCAUACUGAUGUUGUUGAUUCUUCGCACAGUCCCUUCUACACUGCACCAGACGAGGUGGCUGCGGCUAUUAUGAAGGCGGACCGUUAG